UUAAAUCCAAAUGAAAAACAAAUGAAAGAAGAAGAAGAAAGCAAUCUGAACUUAAAUUCCUUUGUUGUUUUGUUUCAAUUUAACUACUUUUUUUUUUUUUCUUUUUGGGUUUGAUCCCAAGAAAGUCAGUUGUCGGUCAAAAAUUCACUUGCAACCUUUAGGACCCACACGUUGAAAGAAGAAGUCCAUCUAUGGAUCAAUGAAUGUGUAUGACUGUACUGUAAGUGGAGAAAGAGAAGGAACAAAAGCAAGUAGUGGGUCCCUUUACUAGAACUGGCAGCUCCAGCGACACAGAAUCCUCUAGCUGUCUGCAAACAAGCAUGGGUUUCUUCAGAAUCCCAUGCGCCUCUUUUGGUUUUUCUUUCUUUCCCUUGCAGAACGAAGAGAAAAGAAAGCUGAAAGUGGAUAGAGAAGGGAUCCAAUGCGCUCUGUUGCCUGUGUAUCCCACUCCUCCUUUUCCUUCUUCUUUUUUCUACUUAGUUUUCUACUAACUGCUUCUUUAGCAGAUGAUCCUUAUGUUUACUUUGAUUGGACUGUCUCUUAUCUCACUGGAUACCCUCUUGGAGUUAAACAACAGGUGAUUGGUAUUAAUGGAAUGUUUCCUGGGCCAAUUCUUAAUGUCACUACAAAUUGGAACGUGAUUGUCAACGUCAAGAAUGAACUUGAUGAGCCAUUGCUUCUCACAUGGAAUGGCUUACAACAUAGGAAAAACUCCUGGCAGGAUGGUGUUCUGGGGACUAAUUGUCCAAUUCCAGCUGGAUGGAAUUGGACAUAUCAGUUUCAGGUCAAAGAUCAGAUAGGGAGUUUCUUCUACUUCCCUUCUCUCAACUUCCAGAGAGCAGCAGGCGGUUAUGGAGGAAUCAUUAUAAACAACAGAAAUGUCAUUCCAGUACCAUUUGCCAUGCCCGAUGGAGAUUUUACUAUUUUCAUCAGUGAUUGGUAUACUAAGAGUCAUAAGGAACUAAGGAAGCAUUUGGAAAAAGGAGAUGACCUAGGAGUUCCUGAUGGAAUCCUCAUUAAUGGAUUUGGUCCGUAUAGAUAUGAUGAGGCUCUUGUCCAAGGCGGCAUUACUUAUCAGAUAAUAAAUGUUGAACCUGGAAAGACAUAUCGCUUCCGGGUGCACAAUGUUGGUAUCUCAACAAGCUUGAAUUUCAGAAUACAAAACCAUAACUUGCUUCUUGUGGAGACAGAAGGAUCAUACACUGUCCAGCAGAACUAUGAAAACAUGGAUAUUCAUGUGGGUCAAUCAUAUUCAUUCUUGGUUACAAUGGAUCAAAAUGCUACCAGUGAUUACUACAUUGUUGCCAGUUCCCGAUAUGUAAAUUCAUCUACUUGGACUAAAGCCACAGGAGUUGCUAUCUUGCACUAUUCCAAUUCACAGGGACCUGCUUCAGGUCCUCUUCCUGAUCUUCCUAAUGAAUACGAUACAUAUUUCUCAAUGAAUCAAGCAAGAUCCAUAAGAUGGAAUGUCUCAGCGGGUGCUGCUCGUCCAAAUCCACAGGGAUCUUUCAAAUACGGUGAUAUUACUGUGACAGAUGUAUAUGUGAUUCUCAAUAAACCUGCAGAGCUUAUAGAUGGGAAGUUGCGUUCUACCCUUAAUGGUAUCUCAUACCUACCACCUUCAACACCCUUGAAGCUUGCUCAGCAAUACAACAUUUCAGGUGUCUACAAGCUUGACUUCCCUAAUAGGCUGAUGAACAGACCUCCCAAAGUAGAUACAUCUCUAAUUAAUGGUACUUUUAAAGGUUUUAUGGAAAUAAUCUUUCAGAACGACGACACCACCGUCCAAAGCUAUCAUAUGGAUGGAUAUGCAUUCUUUGUUGUGGGUAUGGAUUUUGGAGUGUGGACAGAGAAUAGCAGAGGUACAUACAACAAAUGGGAUGGUGUUGCUCGCUGCACUACACAGGUCUUCCCUGGAGCUUGGACUGCUAUCCUAGUUUCUCUUGAUAAUGCUGGCAUUUGGAAUCUCAGGACACAGAAUCUCAACACUUGGUAUCUGGGCCAGGAGGUUUAUGUGAGCGUUGUAAAUCCAGAGAUUGACUCAUCUGAAAUUCCAUUGCCUGAUAAUUGCAUUUAUUGCGGCCUAUUAUCUUCUUUACAGAAACAACAGGCUCAGAGGUUUAAGUUCUCUAAUGCACCAUCACUUGCAAAUGUGAGUGUAACAGUUUUUGCUGUCAUUUUCACAACCUUGUAUGCAAGUUUUGUUAGGUAACAGGUAUUGAAAUAAGGGAACGCGAAAAGGCGUGACCUGUUCCACAUGAAAUGGAAAAUCCAGUGAAAAUGUAACAUAUGGUGGUUGUUAGAUGAAAGGCUUGUGUUCUUGUAUUGUAUUUGAUGUAUUUAUGGUAUUCAAGUGAAAUGGUUGCCUUGCAAAUCAGUGAUUGUGUUGUUCAAGCUGUACAGGUUCAACUAAAAACCACUGACUGACUAUUGGAGAAAAUAGCUUUUCUUCUAAGGCUUGAAACUUGGAA